GUUUUCGUGUCGUUUGCUCUCUUCUGGCUACGAUUUCGGUGGCGAUUGCUCGUUCGAUUCACUUCGAUGUUCACCCGUGCCAGAGCGCUCGGAUAUUCAGAUUUCGAAUUUUUCUAGCAUCCGGCAGAACGAUGAACAGCUAAUUUAUUUCACCGUCGCCGUCUCUCUUGUUUUGCUAGUUGCAGCCAAUCUGGCCUUCGCUUUGGUUUUUUCUAGCUUUUACGAAGAAAUAAAGUGCAGGCACGGCGGUAAAGCAGGCCAGGCUCUCGUAUUUGAUACCAGUGUCACUCACAGUCACGACACCACGGGACGUAUUUCAUCCCCAAACCAGCAGUAGGCCUAGAGUAAAGACCACUUCGAUAAAAUGGGGGACGAGGUGCCACAGCAGCUCAUCUUCGAGAAUGUGUCGCCUGCGACACGUUUGCUCGAAAAGCGGCGGCAGAUGUACUAGAUUUAGUUUAUUUACGCCAUUGCCACCUGGGCAGUCGAAAUGCAAUUCUGACGUCCAGCACAGUGAGAGUGCUACUUAAUUUCUCGAUCACAAACAUUCGUCUUAUGCGUUAAAAGCAUGCGCGUAAUGCCGCGUUUUUCGAAUAAAUUAUCCUAAGUACAACUUACAUUCGCAGUUCGAUGAAAUACAAAGCUUCAAAAAAAUCUAAAUCUUCGUAGGUACGAAGUUCAAGACGCCUUGGAAGCCCAGAAAGCCCGUUUUGCGCAGGAAGAAGAAGCGUUCGCGAAAAAGGAGGUGCAACUCCGAGCGAAAGAUCUCCAGCUGCAGCAGCAACUCAUAAAAUUCAACAAGUUUCUCCAGGACAAUGAAGCGAAAAGGAGAAGAGCAGAGACAAGGUAAAUACUUGGUCUAGACGAGAUUCAUUCAUUCGCGUUUGUAGUUGGUUCUCAAGCGAGGUGAAAAAUCGCGGGCAGAGGCGACAAUGAAUUUUCUCAUGCAUGAUCAGGAUCAUAGUGAUAGCUUUUCGAUCUGAGACUCGAAGAUGAAUCAUGAAGAAAAUGAGGACUGAUGCAUGAAACAAAACAGAGCCUCCGAGGAGCAGGCGCAGAUACUUCAGAAAGAGGAUAUCAAAUGUAAAAAUAAAUGUCUGGGUCUGGAAGAUUGCCAGCUUUGUCAUGCAUAUUUUGCAUGACUCCUGAUGUCUGUGAUGCGUGCCCUAGCAUCACAGAUUUUGUGAGGGCUUCCUGAUGCCUAUACCGCAUGACACAUGCUCUCUGCGUGUAGCAAAACUUAGACUCUCUUUGCUGCUCAUGCAAUACAGAUUUUUUUAUAUUCCAAAAUCAGCAUGACAAGUUGCAUUCUUCCAGACCCAGACAUUUUUACAUUUGAUAGAGGAGGAGAUAGGGCAACUCCAAAAGAGGCUGGACGAAAGCCAGAGUUUGUGCUUGGAGCUGGAGGAGGACGUGUUGAAAAACUUGAAAUACGAAGAAUUUCUGGAGCUCGUCAAGGAAAACUCCGAUGACUACAGCGAGAUCCAGGACCUCGUCACAAGGUUUGAACAAAUUAAAUACUUGCAAUUGAAACCAGAGUGGCGCGCAUGCAUGAGAAUGGACGAUGAUGACAAAUGUAUAAAUGCACGACCACGACUGACAUCUACGAAUAAAUGCAGAUGUAAUAACCCUUUAUCAGGCACGAGACCCUGGAGGCGGCUCAUCGCGACCUGAUUGAGAGUCAGCAGAAGGCCGAGAACAUGAACGAGGGCAUAAGGAACGAGUACCAGAAUUACCGCAAGGAGAAAGCCAUGGAAGUUCUAGCACUAACCAACAAAACGGCGGCGCUCCAGGCGGAGCUCGAGGACGUGGAAAAAAAGUGCUUGCAGCUGGAGGCCCUGGCGGAACACAGCCGUCAAGAAGAGUCGCAGCAGUCACUGUUUCUGGGCCAGAUCAUUAUGAGUGUGGACAACCUGUUCCAGAGAUGUACAGAUUUUUUUGUUGAUGUGAGAAUAUAUAAGUGUUCUUGUAUUUUUGGAAUUCUGUACACGAAGUUUUAAAUACCACAUUAUGCAGAAGCAGAGCCCUCGCGCAGGAGAAUUGCUCGGGAAGAUAAGGAGCGAGCAACUGCUAUCAAUUCGAACUCAAGGUAACCUGAAGCGACCCGCCAUUCAGCACAGCAACGAGCUCGGAGAGAAGGCGUCCGCGAUCGCGGCGAUACAAAACGCAGACUCCUACGCGCCCAAAGUAACCUUCGCGGUCAAGCAACUCCACGUCAUUAAGGCGUAUUGACCUUGUUCAGAACGAUUAUUUUCAUUUCAGUUAAUUCGUUGCUUCACGUUCUUACGUUAUAUUAUUGGCAUGUUAUGUAACCUCGGUUUAAGAAACGCACUACAGCUUUUCAUUUAGUUUUUCGUAACAGUAGGAUGAGGAUUGCUGAUGUGCAUCGCAAGAGUAAAAAUGCCCUGAAGCCAUUUGGUUUUGGUACAACUAGAGUGUUGCGAAAGAUCUGCAGCGAUGUUGUCAUUCCUAAUCCUAAGGUACAUAAAGGACCUGCGUGACAUCCAGGAUAGCAUCAAGAAGGAAGGCCGCGGUCGCAAGAAAGAGGUGGUGACCGAAUUCGGCACCAAGAUUUCCGAGCCGGAAUUUGUUUUUGAACGGGUGGCGAAAUAAGAGGAAACGGAGCUGAUGUGGAACGAAUGUUUGCCACUACAGCGCAGGAGCUAAUUACAACGGAUUGAGAUUCAGUUUAAUACAGAUUCAGAUUCAGUAGAGCAGGAGGACGAGGAACGUCUUACUUUCUUCACGGUGUACUCGUGUUGAUAUUGAGCCGUUCUUCUAGCUUGUUCGCAGCAAGAGCUUGAGAUUCAGAUUUAACAGAUUCAAAGCAAGAGACAACGGAAUUGAAUACGAAGUACAUCCGAUCAGGCCAUGGCUCUGUGGUCUGGGGUGCUCGUUGUCUACUUGAGAUUCAGAUCUUAGAUUCAGAUUCACCGGACGAGAGUCCAGCAUGUCCUCUGUGUGUAGUUUAAUUGAUACCGCGCAGCAGGAUUUCUGCGAAAUUUUGAUGGAAAAUGCCACCGUCUGUAUCUAUAGAAAAUGAAGGUCGUCCGAUGCCGGAACGGACAUGUACUAAAAAAGAAAAAAAGAAGCUGUAUCAUCGAUCAUGCGCAUUUCUCCUGGCUUUCGCUAGUCUGGGAGGCGUGUUGCUGAGUAUUCAUAUUGUUGCAGUCGC